UUCCGAAAAUUAUUACAACACUUUUUCUUAAUAAUUAAAGCAAAUAAAUAAAUAAAUAAAUAAAUAAAUAAAUAAAUAGUAAAUAAAUUAUAAAAGUUGUUAUAAAUAAAAGUUUUUUCCAAAAUGGGAAAAUCAAGUAAACACGAAAAUAAAUCGAAGAAAAAACACAAGCACAAAGAACGCAAAGAGAAAAAGAAGAAAUCGAAAAAGUUAAAAAAACACUCAAAGGAAAGGAAGGAUAAAGAUAAGAAAGCGGACGAACAACACGAAUUCAGCUCCGUUACAACAGAAACCCGAGCGGUAAAAGAUAGUGAUGAUGAUUUUGCUAUACCCGUAGAGCUAAUGAACAGUAAAUCACAUGCUCCGGAGACACCAGAAGAAUAUCAAAAACGUCAAAAUCGCAUACGUCGAGAAAUAGAUCCAGUAACGGGUCGUUCCAGACUAAUUAAAGGCGACGGUGAAGUUUUAGAGGAAAUUGUCAGUAAAGAACGCCAUAAAACUAUUAAUAAGGAAGCCACCAAGGGAGAUGGAGAAUUUUUUCAAGAAAAUACAUUGGCCAAAUUAUAUUGAUAGUUGAUUGGCGGGGGUCUGCAUGAAAAUAUCAAUAUAUUUAAUGCAUAAUGGGCUAAUGAACGUAGUUGUCAUUUUGUUAACAACAAAUCAUAAUAUGGAUGGCAAUUUGUAAUUUUACACAAAUUGCUCUUUAACAUUAGCUAUAUUUCUGUUUCUUCAAAUGUGAAAACUAUUUCAAAUGAAAUACAGUUGCAGUUUUGGAUUUUUUGUAAUGAAAAAAUUUUAAUUUCGAAUUAUUAUUUUUAUAUUUUAACUAAAUAAUAUGUAUGUAAGUGUAUGUACAUAGCGAAUAUAAGGAAUGCUUUCUUAAUAUUUUAAUAAUUUAAGCCUAAACGAAAUAAGUAAUUAAAAUAAAAUCCAUAUGAACUUUGAAUAUAUUUAAAUAAUAAAAGUUAUAUAAAACCUAACGAAUGGUUAAUAAAACAA